GCAUUUCGUUGUACAAGACAUUUAUUUCACAAAUACCUAGAUAUUAUUUGUUCUGAUUUCCGUAAUCUCUGUCCUUCUCUACUCCCGUCUUGCCAGAGUAACAAACAACAAUCAACAUUCCAUCAUGGAAGCUGAACUUCAAACAUAUCGAGAUCAGCUUGCUUAUGUCAACCUUUCUCUCGAAUCCGACCCUUCAAAUGAUGACCUCCUGAAGCUGAAAGCCGAGCUGAAUGAGCUCAUCGAUCUUACUCAGCAGGCCAUGGGACACACAGCCGCCGCUAAAGGAGUGGACGCUGGAAAAGAAAAAGCAAAGGCGAAGGGUAAAGAAAAGGAGAAGGAAGUUACCAACUGGCAGGAUCAGGGCCCUUACAAAGCGGGGAUGGAUUGUAUGGCCAAAUACAAAGAUGGAAAGUGGUAUCCCGCCCGAAUUAAUGCCGUCGUUGGCUCUCAGGAAUCUCCACUGUAUGCUGUCACAUUCAAAGGCUAUACAUCUUCCACCAACCUCCCCCUUUCAUCCUUGAAGCCACAUGACCCAAAUGCUCCCAUUCCACAACCCCAGAAAAGGCGUGCAGAUGAGCUAACCGAAAAGGAAAAGGAGAAGAAGAAAAAGAAGGGGGAAAAAUGGAUGGAGACCCAAAAACAAAGAGCGGAGGAGGUGAAGGAAAAAAAGAAUGCAUGGGAGAAGUUCGGAAAAAAGGCUCAGAAGAAGGGUAUACACAUUUCUGGGCUUGAAGGAAGGUCUGUAUUCCGUACACCUGACAAUCCAUACGGCCGAGUCGGGGUAGUAGGAUCUGGGCGAGGCGUGACGGAGUAUGAGCGUAUGGGAAAGCACAAGUUUAACGAGGAAGAAGAUGAUUAAGUAGUCCCCUUUGUGGUCUUUCCGUUUUGGCGCUUUGUUCAUCUUUUUUUGAAAGGUAUCAAGUCCGGCCAUUUAUGGUACAAGCCUGGAUCAUCCACAGUUUUAAGAAGCCUCACCAGGUGAAAUGUCACUGUUGUUCUACGUCAUACAAAUAGGCUUCAAUAAGCGCAUUAAUUGUUAUCUUAUCAAGAAUAUCGCUGACGCUUACAAAAUCAUACAAUAGCAAAGGCUUCAAAGCCAUAACAUUUGCCCCCAGUCAAUUGGUGCCUUUGUUUCACGGUCACAAUUUGGGUAAUCGACCCUGUAGAUCAUGACGACAAUGCGGCGAUGUACAGGCCCUAGCAUCUUAUGAUAUACGUCAGCAGACAUGGUGUAACCAGUGGUCUUGCCUCAAAGAUCGUGCCGACUCUAAAUGAUAUCAUAUCUCCAUCAACAUUGUAACGUUCCUCGACUACCAUAAACCUCUUCAGAGCUUUUAUUCUGGGUUAAAAAGAAUGUCAUAAUGGAAAUGAUAGCCAAUUGCUGGGAAACAUCUUGUCCUACUUAUAACACCCCUUCUCCGCUUAACGGUUCCCAUUUGCCCUAACCCAAUGAUUCGAUUUCGGUGAUGAUCCACCAGCACCAUGUUGUUCAAA